AUGUAUCAUGGAAAAAAGACAGUACGACGUGGUGGUGGUAAUUCUCAACUACGAGGUCAAAAUACAACAAAAACUAGACCAAUGACUCGACAACAAAAUGCGUUGUUAUGUGAAAAUGAUCAAACUAAAGAAAAUGAUGAAAAAUUUGCAUUAGUUGAAUUCUUAUUGAAUAAGAAACUAUUGGUUGUCAAUCACAAUGAUUUAAUUAAUCUAAACAAACAAGGGAAAAUAAAAUUAGGUUCAGAUGUUUUAGUCAAAAUGAAUGAUGAAAAAUCAACUUCUGCAAUUUUGUUUUGUGUUGGUAAGCGGAGAGAUCAAUACGUAGAAAAGUGGACUUGUACUGUUCUAUAUUUUCUAGGUUCACAACAAGAAUGUUUGAACGAAUUAAAUAUUAUUAAAUGUCAACGUGAUAGCAAAAUGAAUUCUGAUUAUGAUGAUAGUCUUGAUGAUACUCCAUUAUUAACUACAACGAGAGUACCAGAACCAGCACAAAAAUAA